AUGGAGAUGCUGGCAGAUGAACCCAUGGAUUUUUCUGUGACGCGGCUGCCUUUCUUCCUGCGGCCAGAGCUGCCGGGCAUCAACAAGACAUUGGGUGACACCAAAGAUGAGAGGACUUGGCAGAUCUCAGAAUCCCCUGGUACCUGGGGGCAGCAAAUGGAUCGCUACACCAAGAAAUAUCCCGAGAAGUUUGGUGGAGAGAAUCAAGCGCCGGAUGCCAGAGUGGGCAUCAGCUGGCAAGCCUCAGAGGUUGGUUUGAAGUUCACCUUUGAUCAACACAUGAGCAACUCCAUGGAUGCCUUGCGUUUGCUGAUGAAGGUUCAAAGGGAGCAGAGUGCAAACGUGCGCGAAGACUUCUUCGAGGUGGUCUCCCGCAAGUACUUCACGGAAGGUCGAUGCCUGGCGGACCAUGCCAUGCUCCUGGAGGCUGCCGUGGAAGCCCACGUGCCCACGGACGGCCUACUUCAGUGGCUUCAAAGUGGAGAAGGCACAUGGGAGAUCCAGCGGAAAUAUGCCGAGAUCUUUUACGGAUGGGGAUACACUUCGGUCCCCGUCACCCUGGUCAGUUGUGAAGGCCUCGACCAGCACAUCCAGGGCUCGCAGAAUUUGAAGGCAUAUCUCCAAGUCUUUCGACGCUUGCUGGAGCCGCUCCCUGCGAAGGUUCCGGAACAAAAGCUACCAAUUUGGGAGAAGUACGCCCGAGUGGCACAAGCCACAGGCACCCCCAAUGGAAAGGACUUCUCCUGGGAAGCGCAGGACAUCUUUUUUGGUGCCACGGCCGAAGACUUGCGCCAGCGAGGCCAAGGUUCAAGUUGA